GCGCAGGCCUGACUCGUCCUGUGUCCCUCAGGGCCGCAACCGCAUCCCUGUGCCCUCAGGCCCACUAUUCUGGACUCUUGCGGGUACCCCUACCUGUUUUAGGGACCUCCUGCUUCAGGGGUCGGCCUUCAUCGCGGUCCCACUUCCAGAUGCCCCUAUCCCUUUGUGGCCCUCAGUGCCCUUGGCGCCUCUAAGACUUGACUUGGGGGUCGGGAGAGAAUGAUGUCCUCUGGUGCCUGCGGAAUGGGGCAAAGAUCUCAGGAGCAGUACGCCAUGGGGCUUGGAGAAAUAGUGAAGACCUCCUUGCUAGACUCCUGCAGCAUCCCUAAGUGCCCCCAGGACACCUCCCACACUGGAUCCCACAUGGCCUUCUGCUCUCCCUCCACCUCUGAACACCCAUCCCUCAAGGGAGCGGCAUGAAGAGAGAGCAUGGAGCUGGAGAAGAUUGUCAGUGCAGCCCUCCUUGCCUUUGUCCAGACGCAUCUCCCGGAGGCUGACUUCAGUGGCUUGGAUGAUGUCAUCUUCUCCUAUGUUCUUGGGGUCCUGGAAGACCUGGGCCCCUCAGGCCCAUCAGAGGAGAACUUUGACAUGGAGGCCUUCACUGAGAUGAUGGAGGCCUACGUGCCUGGCUUCGCCCACAUCCCCAGGGGCACAAUAGGGGACAUGAUGCAGAAGCUCUCAGGGCAGCUGAGUGAUGCCAGGAACAAAGAGAACCUGCAACCACAGAGCUCUGAGGUCCAAGGUCAAGUACCUGUCGCCCCGGAUUCUCUGCAGAGGCCUGAAAAGCUCAAAGAAGAGGCCAGGUCUUCUCCCACUGCUACUGAGGACACCCAAGACAAGGCAGCAGGUGCUGAGGAGGAGCUGCUGCCAGGGGUGGAUGUACUCCUGGAGGUAUUCCCCACCUGUUCAGUUGGGCAGGCGCAAUGGGCGCUGGCCAAAGCUCGGGGGGACUUGGAAGAGGCUGUGCAGAUGCUGGUAGAGGGGAAGGACAGCCCCCAUCAGGACCUGCCCAGGCGCCUCAGAGGCCCCCAGAAGGAUGAGCUGAAGUCCUUCAUCCUGCAGAAGUACAUGAUGGUGGAUAGCGCAGAGGACCAGAAGACUCACCGGCCCAUGGCUCCCAAAGAGGCCCCCAAGAAGCUGAUCCGCUACAUUGACAACCAGGUAGUGAGUACCAAAGGGGAGCGAUUCAAAGAUGUGCGGAACCCUGAGGCCGAGGAGAUGAAGGCCACAUACAUCAACCUCAAGCCGGCCAGAAAGUACCGCUUCCAUUGAGGCACAUGCCAGAUUCUGCCCGAGCCUUCUAGGCUCAGAUCCCAGAGGGAUGCAGGAGCCCUAUAUUUGCCACGCCCCCGCCCACCAGGGGCCUCCUUAACUCCAGACCCCCUUCUCUACUUCCUUGUUCCAGUGUUAACUUCCUCUUGGAGUUGUGCAUGGGCACAGUAAAGGUGGCCUGAGGAAA